UAGGCAGUCAAGUUGCUUCUCCCUGUAAAUUUAGUCCAGGUGCCUGGAUGAAGACCUUCUGAAUUUCUGUGAUCUACCCAUCCCACUGUCAGAUUCCUGAAUAAUGUUGUUAAACAAUUCAUCUGUGGUGAUCAGGGCUGGAGAGGGUGAUUUGGCACACUGCUUGAGAGAAAAAAAAAUCACUGGAUAGGGAACUUUAUCUGAGAACUAUGCUAUCUCAUGUGGAAAGGGCCCUUCAUCUCGUGAGUCGUCAUCUGAGUUUCAAGCUAUGGCUGUUGACAUGGAGUUAUAAUGAGGUCAGAAAAGCCAAUCCAGGAAGAGGGAGUUGUAUGAGGAAAUGAAACAGAAGAAAGGGGAAGAUGGGGUGGAGGAAAAAGAGCAGCUCUAGGGGGGAAUGGUGAAAAGGCUGUGCAUCUUUAUGUAGGUUUUGAUUAGAGUGAGUGAGCAUAUACCUUCCUAACAUUUAAAUGCUGCUACUUUGCCAUCCCUUACCCAAAACCGUAACCUCAGCACCCCACUCUCCUGGUCCAGGCAGCAGUGCAGAUCCAGGCACUUAAACAAUCAACUAAGACCCAGCAUCGUAAGCUACCUGGCUGCCUCUUGACAAUUUGGGAGACUAAGGAGUACUAGGUUUGGGGUGAUGUAUCCACUUUGGUGUGGAGUCAUAGUUGCUAAGGAGUAAAGUGUCAUGGAAACAAGAUUUAAUAGGUUUGUCCCCUGACAUAGAUAUUUUUGGAUCACCGCAAGUAUGUGUGCUGUUUGUGCUCUGUUGCCAAUCGUUUUCAGCAGUUCACACGAUGACAGGACAAGAUAUUUGUAUCCUUCUUGGCUAUAUUAUGGUGACUCCACUGGUAUUUCUGACGACAGCGGUCCUUAAAUUUAGACUGCAGCCAUGGGACUUGUCAAUUCAAUAAUGUUUGCAGCUUUAAGUAUAUAGUGCAGGUGGGAUGACGGGCACGCAAUUGCAACAUGCCACCUCUACUUCAGACUCCUCCAACCUGGCAUGAGGCAAAUGAGAAUAAGCUUCUAGGAAACUCCCUCCAAAGAUGCAGCCAGCUGUGGCUCCACCCCAGGAGCAAGCUACUGUGUCAAGAGUUUGUUCAGCCCCAUGCCCCUUCACCCAGCAUUAAGCAGUCAAUCUCCCUAUGGCAAUGAUCUCAUCAGAAUUUUCAAAAACAGUUUCUAAGGAUGAAGAAACGCUAAAACAAUAUAUACAGGCAUUUGUUUGAGGUUGGAAUGCUUCAGUUUGAUAUUUAAUUGCUUUUCUAUUAUAGCUACGUCUUUGAGAUUCUCUUGCCAACAUUCCAUUGAGGGUACUUGAUUAUAUGUUGGCCUAAAUGCCAAAACUUUGAAGGGUCAAUUGUUUCAUUGUUCAGCACUAUAGAUGAUUCUGAAAUAUCACUUCUGUUGGAAGAUUCGCAUGUUUGAGCUUCAAGUUGCAAUUUGUGUGACAAUGAUCUUCCUCAGAACUGUGAUCGCAACAUUCCUCUAGUUGCUCAGGAAAUAAUGAAAAGAAUGAUUCGUCAAUUUGCAAUUGAAUAUAUAUCCAGAAGUAAUCACGCUCAUGAAGCUCAGACUGGAUCAACUGAUGAAUCUAUUUCAAUCUCAAAUGAUCCACCUGCCAAGCAAACCCAGAACUUUCACCAGGAGCAGGAAGGACCCCUCGACCUCACUGUGAAUAAAAGUCAUCAGAAAAGUUUUCAACAAGUAGAUGGAGUGCUCGAUCUAUCAACGAAGAAGAACAGCAUAAAUUCCACCAUAUCAACUGGAUCUAGUCCUGCAUCAACCACUAUCAAAUUAUCAGGUUUUAAGAAGGAAACUGAUGCAGGAGUGGUGUCCAACUCUACUGAGAAAACUGGUUGCAUAAAUCAUGGAACAUUAAAUGAAAUUUUAUCUACUUUAUGCCCUAAUCAUCGGAAACUUCUUACUACAAUGCUUAAGUGUCUAAUCCAAGAGAAAGGCACUUCCAAUGUGCAAUACAGAGAUCAAAGAAUUGCAGAGUUUAAAAAUUCCUCAUCUGAGUUCAAUGAAAAUAAAAGUAGUGAGGGAUUAUGUAAUUAUAACAGAUUCAGAUGGUGUGAAAAUUGCACCUUGCGAACUGUACAGCAAGUUCCUUUUCCAUGGGUUUCUUGCUGCUUGAAAAACCUACAUUGUUUAUCAUGCAAAAAAGAUACUCAUGGCUAUCUCACAAUAAUAAGUAAUGGAGUUUGCAAACAGUGUAACAGAAGCAAUAUCUACCAGAUUUGUACUGGGUCUUAUAAACAAUUGUCUGGAUGCACUUAUGCUGAAGGAACUACCAUUCAAGCUUGCAGUGAACCUCCAGAUGGAGAGACUUUCAACAUAGAAACAAUAGAAUCUUCGACCCUCCCAAGUAAUGUCACGGAUUAUAGUAAACCACGAAGCCCAUCCCCUCCACCUUUAUCACCAGUAAGAACUGAUGAGUUUGAAAUUGAUGAAAUGAGCAAAACUGCUUCAGCUUUGGAUGCUAACAGUAUUGAACUUACUAUUACUCACCCUCCCUCUCUUUCACCAGAAGAGGAAAAUGAUUGUGACUCAGCAAUCUCAAGCCAAACUCCAGCAAAGCUAAAAUUUGCAGAAACAAUCGAGGAAAGAAAGGAUGAAUUUGUGGCAGUUAGUGAAAUUAGUAGAUCACCAGACUCUGAGAAUGAUCUGGAAAAAGGUGGAAGUUCUGCUUCGUUUCAGGAGGUAAUGGAACGAAUAAAUGAAAAAUUGAAAACGAUAGAAACAACCGAUGAUGGCCAGAUUUUGGCCAAUCUCUUCAACAAUGACUCUUAUCAAGGCAGUAAUGGUAGUUUUAAGUUGAGAGAAAUUGCCACCACUUUACUACACAAAGCAAAGGUCAGUGAUUAUAGCCUAAUGGAGUUACUUAGACAGCAUGAGGAAAACAGAAUAAUUCAAACCCGUUUUCGGAAACGUCAAGAAACAUUAAUUGCUCUGCAUAACUCUCCAGAUUCUGCAUUAUCUCGACGUCAAACAGUGCAAAUAAAGAGAGACCUUGCAAAUUUUGACCAGCUUUUUUCAAGUAAGAAAUCACCUGAAAAAUUUGGAAAGCGGCUAGCAAGGAGCAGCAUUAGAGAUGCAAAUUCACUAGCCAGAGAAUAUUCAUCCAUCAGUGAAGAUUCGCAAAAUGCGAACAACAUAAAUAAACAUCCUAGUAGUUUGCCUGAUCAGUACAAAACUGAAGUUAAGAACUUAUCUGAAAAUAGUGUUUUGGAUGAAUCGAGAGAUGUGGUAGAAUGCUUAAAUUCAUCAGAGAGUUCAGACUUAGAUCUGUUAAACAUUCUUGAGGUAACUGAAAUGGAUGUUGAGACUCCCAGGGAUAGCACUGACAACUCAAUGGUUGGACCUGGUUGUACAGAUGUGCCUCUGGUCUUGCAAAAUUCAGAGAAGAUAGAUUGUAGGUCAAAUAUUGGCAGGGCCAAACGAAAUAUUCUGCCUCCAGAAAGGUUUUCUAUAUACAUUACUGAGCCUAGAAAAAUGUUUUAUGCUGCUUGUUUUUCAGAAAAUCCCCAGCGUAAACCUAUUAAGACAAAAAAACCUGAUCUGGACUGUGCGAGUAAUCCUUGUAAAAUGUCUAACGCUGACAGCCCCAUGACGCAAGAGCUACUUAAUGGACAGGGCAAUAUAAUUGUGUAUGAAGUGACUGAAAGUUUAGAAGUAUCAACUUCUAGUCAACCUGAACUUCUGAAAGGCAUAAAUAACAUAAGCAAUGAAAAUCAUGGAAAUGAACCUAAUUUACCUGAGGUGGUACAUCAUGCAUCACAACAACCAAAUGAACUUGUGGAUCAAUGCAAUAAUGAAAAGCAAAAGACAACUACUGUGUUGAAUGCUGACCCAGUGGAAGCUGUUUGUUCCACGGAAUGUAAUGGCCCUGCACAAUCUGAUAUUUGUAUUAACUGUUGCACUAAGGAUAAUUCCAAAUUUGUGGACAAGCAUGGAAUUUUGGAGAAUGCAGUUAACAAUUUACUGUCCAGUUCACCUGAAUCUGGAGCCACAAAUAUACUAGAGUCUAAAUCACUUGGCAGUGACUACCUGAGUGUAAUUUCUCCAUUGCAGCAAAAAGACUCUGCAGAGGAAUUUGGCAAGCCUGAUCAUCUACAGCAUGCAACAUGUGAAUGCUCAGUUCUUGAGAAUACUGGUUCUGUGAACAAAACUGGCCAUAUUUGUCCAAGUAGCUACAGCAGCCCCAUAAAACUAAUGUUUCUCUCUAAGAUAAGCAGUGAAAAAGGAAUUAAAUAUACACUGACGUCUGUAGACUCUUCUAAGCUUGAUACAACCAGCUGUAUUUCAAACCUUGAUCUUGAGAAUGUUUUCCUUAAGGCACCAGAGGAAAGUAAUUUGUCAGCUGCUGAAAGUAGUAAUACGGCAGAAUAUUUUCAGAAUCCUUGUCCGAGAAAUGAUAAUACAGUGGAAUGCUUCCCAAAUUCAACAGCUGAAAGUGGUAAUGCAGCAGAAUGUUUGCAGAGUUGUUCAGAAAGUUCUUCAGCAUGUGAGGAAGUAAAUUGCAAUCUUGAAAUUGAUACCUGUAGUUGUAAUAGUUCUGCUUUUUAUUCAAACAGUUAUACAAGAAAUGCUGAAGUUGAAAUUACUGAUCAAGUAAUAGAAAUGUCAGUGACUUCAAAGGAAAUGGAUGAAUCUAUUCUAAAACGUAAACCUGGUCGUCCCAAGAAACUAGGGCCACCUGUGGAAAAACAGAUAAAAAGGCCAAAGGGCAGACCACCUAAACCUAAAGUAGAACUGUCAGAACCUGUCGAAUGUACAGCUGAAGCUCCAGAUAGUGAAAAAGACAGUACAGUACAUUUAUCUUCAACAGGCGAUAACCGCAAUAUUAGAAUUACUGUUGUCUAUGGAAGAUCAAGACGGUUCAAAAGAUUUGUGUCCGAGAAUGAUAAAAUUGUAGUUAAUGCUACUGAAAGUGAUUUAAAACAAACUUAUGAGAAACAAAUAGAAGAAAUGGUGCAGGACCCUGCAGAGGGAUUUGACGAUAAACCUCAUAGUUCUGCAUCAUCUUUAAUCCAAGGCGAAAAUCAGUUUGAUUUAGUGAGACCCAUUAAAGAUAAAACUGUUUCGCUUCAUACCAGUGGCAAUGCUAUUUGUCCAAACAGUAAGCUGACUACUGUUAAAACUUUUAAUAGUGGACAGCGAAAGCCUGGGCGCCCUGCAAAAGUGAAAAUUUCAGGUAUAUCAGUAACUGUUGAUGCAGUAUCACCUCAGGAAAGAAAAGUUAGUAUUAAUAGUGUGUUACCUCCAUUGGUCCAAGAGUCUUCACCUUCAAAUAAAUUAUUUGUAGAUGCAUCAACCAAAGAUGGUGAAUCAUCUGCAAGAAUCCAAAAUGAUUGUGAAACAAGUUCAAAGGAAAGCCUUGGUGACAAGAAAGCAAAAUCCGUCCUACCCUUGAGGCAAUCUGUGAGACUCAGAAAACCAUCUCUACACUUCCUGCAUUCCUUUGCAAGCUCCAGUUCGUUUUCUCAAAGUAGUGCUUUGGUACACAAAUCUCGGAGACUGCUUUUAAACAAAGCAGGGAAUGAACUUGCUAAAAUCAGAAAUUUGAAUGUUACUAUGGUAUCUGAAAACGCCACCUCUAAUGUUACAUUAGGGAAUAAUAAAGAGGAAACUACACAUGAAGUAGCUGAAUUUGGCUGUAGUUCAGAACUAUCAGCAGAUCCAAUUUUUAUACCGAACAAUUCACUGAAAUGGUGGCACACCUCCACUUCAAAACAAACUUUGCAGGAGGAACUUGACAUGCAAUUUGAACAGGUAAACCGUGGUUGGCUUCCUGUUGAUCCUGCAGAGUUGAAUGCUUCUGACAAAAGAAAAUAUCCAAUUCAGUUAGGAAGAACAACCAAAUCUGUGGUGAUUGUGGGUGAUAAUAAGCAUGUUCAGGUUUCUCCAAUCCAAAUGUUGUUUCAAGAAAAUUGUAAUAUGGAUAAAAUUUGUACAUGGUUUAUGCAAACAACAGAAACUCAUUCCUUAUCUAUUGUAAGAAAAGAAAAUGCACGUGAUCCUAUUGAAGUUCUGAAUGCUCAAGGAAUUUUAACAGCAGGAAGUCAAGUUGAUACUUGUCCAAGUCCUCAGGCAGAGCAUUUUAAAAAGCACCUUAAAAAAUUUGCACUAGAAUCUCCUGUAAGACUAAGAACGCACUUCACUCUGUCAAGCAGAAUGUCCAAUUUAAAAGUCUGUAAAGCCAGAAGGAAGCUUUUACGAUUUUGUAAACCACAACAUUCAAGUCACACAGAAUUGUCACACCAUCAUAGAGUUCAGUAUGAACAAUGGAAAUGUGUAAAUGGAAAUCCACGAUACCAAAAUCUAAAACCAAACUCUACGAAAACAGUCAGCAACAAUAGCAAAAAAACUGAGCUUGAAAUCAAUAGCUUUCCACCUGAAGGAGAGCCAGUAUUACUGUCCAGUGGAAAGGAAAACGAAAGCAAAGAUAAACUUAAACCUAGAAAUAGCAUCGAUAUUGGUUUAUCUGACUGUGCCACCAUACAGAACAUAAAUUCAACAAACUAUUCCAAAUGCAAACGAACUGAAAAAUUUGAAUCCAUAGCAAAACAUUCAGAACAAGAAUCUUUUCUGGAAGGGAAGCAAAAAAACACUUGCCAAAAUGUAAACUGGAAACUGGGGAAUUUUAAAGAGUGUAGAGUGUUUCUAAGGAAGAUAAACUCUCUGGAACACAGCCAUUUAAGAAAUUACAAUGUCUGGCAGCAGUCCAAAAAUAGAUCAUCUGAUACUAAAGGCACAAGUAACCUUCAGAGGUACACUGAAGAAAAAAAUGACUCAUGCAGUCAAUUAAAUGUUCAUGAAGUUAAUGCAUUUGAAACACAAAGCUUAAACUCUACAUGUCCUAAUUUAUGUGAACUGAAAGGAAAGAGAAAGCACAAAGAAAGGACAAGUAAUGAGAAUGGAUUAGACAGUUCGCCAUCUAAAAAAGUUCAGCACUUUUCUAGCAAGUGGUCAAAGCCCUGUCAAGUUGACAGCGAUCACUUCCCUUCAUUGAGUAGCAACAGUAAUCUAGUCAAUGAAAGUAAUUCACAAAAAGAAAAUGCAGACAUCAUGAAGAGUAAUGCUGGAAAAAGGAAAAGAUGCCAAGGUGUGAGCACAACUGCCGUGACAGUGAAGAGGUUGAGACGGUCGUCUGUUAAACAAAGACUACCAUAUAAUCAAUUACCAUUUCAAAUAGGAAACUCAAGUUGAUGCAGGAUUAGACCGUAACAAUGGAUGACUGAAAUAAAACAAUGCAUCAGUUUCUACCAAGACUUGGCACAUCUUAUAAAUUGAGAAUUUUAAGAAGGCUUUCUUAUCUCACUCAGCAUCACAUUAGUGCCUUAAUAUUCAGCCUAUUGAUUCAGGUUGAAUGUAUGUAGCAAUAACAUUUGUAUUUGCUGCUUUGUAGCCAAAACCUGAAGCUGUGUGAACAAUGUUGUAGAUAUCAGAGGUUGCACUAAUACAUUUUUAGAGAAAAAAUUCUUACUCUUAUUUUGUUGUUUUGUAAGAAUCUGUUAAAUCUACAAUUUAACAUUCCUCUUGGGUUGCUACUAGAUCUCGAUGUACUUUACAACAAAAGCAUUAAUUGUCUAAGUAUUCAUCUUUUUUUUUUAAGAGCUUCUCUGUUUGAAGUUUAUUUGCACCAAGCACAGCACAUUUGAAGGUCACAAUGCAGUAAGGGUUUAUAUGACGUUUUUGGAAGAGAAAUGGAGCAUGACAUAUUUUCAUUGUCCAUGCUUUUGAAAACCAAGGCACUUCAGUUAUUGUACUCACUUUAUACUUUAUUCACUUUUGAUGUAUAUUGCGUUGUAAUUUUUUUGUAUCCUUAGUAUGAUUUGGUGAACUUUGAAAAUUUUAAACCGUUUAAAUUGUGCUUUAGUGGAAACAGCUAUUGAAACAGGAGUAAAAACUACCUCAAACAUUUAAGUGAUGGUCAAGUCUAAACCUUUUUGGGAAUGGAGGUGUCCAUUCAUAUAAUAAGUGUAGACUUUGGUACCUGAACCAUUCUGUUGCAAGUUGUCAGUAAUUAUUUGGUCAUGGACCUGAGAAACUGACAAUUAUAGUAUCGUGAUCCAAAUACACCUUACAGCGUAUUUUUCCAAGCACUCUUCCUCAGUGACAUUUAACUCAGGGAAAAUAAAACUUGUGUUUUUGCUUCCAGAUUACUAAGUCUGGAUAGAAGUGCCCUGUGCUAAUGUGUUACUAUUUUGAAUGUGAUUACUUGGAGUGCAGCAUGUGUCUAGUAUAAUUUCUAUUUUUACAGCCAUGUGCAUCUUGCUUAUUUGCUGCCCUGUCAAAUGUAAUUAUGUUUUGAAAUCCUAAAUUGUUGUACAGCAUUAUCUUAACUAUAGUGCAUUUUUUUGGGUUGUAAAAUGAAAAAAAACUUGUUGCAUUAUCUUUUUUUCUGUUCACAACUUUCUAUAAUCCUGUAUCUUUGUGAAAUUAAAUUAUGGGUUUCUUGAUCUAAUUUCUGAUAAGAUAAAGGAGCAGAAUCAGCCCAUUGUAUCUGCCAUUUAAUAUGAUCAUAGCUGACUAUCUCAAUGCGAUUCUGCCAUCUCCCCAUACCCCUCCUUGUGUCAAAUAUCUAGAAAUCUACCUACUUCUUUCUUAAAUAUAUUCAGUGACUUAGCCUCAAUAGCUUGAUGUGAUGGAGAAUUCCACAGGUUCAGCAGUUUCUGGGUAAUCACAUUUCUCCUCUUCUCAGUUUUAAAUGGUCUAUCCCAUAUCCUGAGGUUGUGACCCCUUGUUCUAUAUCCCACCAUCCAAAAAAAAGGGCAAACAUUACUGUAUUCAGCUUGUGCAGCCCUGACAAUUUUAUACAUUUCCCAUCAUAUUCUUCUGAACUCCAUCGAAUAUGGACCUAGUUAACUCAAUCUCUCCUCAAUCAACUAACCUGCCACCCAGGAAUCAGUCUGAACCUUUGCACUCCCUCUUUGGCAAGUAUAUUUACUGUGAUAUAUUUAUGCACUCAUAUAUUCUAUAUGCUUCAUUUUUGUGAGCUACUGUACACUUUUAUGACAGAGAAUAAAUCCUUUUUUAAAAAGGGCCAGCUGUAUUGUACACCAAACAAAACUAUCCAGAGUACAGUUGUUUAGGUCUAUCUCGAUGACCCAAGUAGCUUGCCUCCUUCCACAAUGUGAAGCCAAUUCUGCACUUUUAGUUAAGACUUUAGUUAUUUCUUAUUAUAAUUCUUAAUUGUGUAUAUAAAAUUUACUUUCUCUCUGACUGCUCUCCUGGAGAUCUCCAGCUUCCAUGUGAUAUCUUCCUGUUAGUGAUUUAUUUGAUAUAAUUUUGGGAGAUUAAAUCCUCCAUUCCUACAAUUGCACUUAGUUUCCUCUACUCUUGCCUAAAUGCCGCGCCCAUCCCAGAUAAAAGCAAAUGGGGCUCAUAAAUGUUCUUAUUUAUUUAGACUUGGAGCAUCUUCAUUGUGGUUUCAGAUCCUGAAAGCUACUCACAAUACACACACUUUCAUUUGUGCUUUAUAUAGAAGCCAUAAUAAAUUUGUCUAUCGAACGCAACAAAUGAUCUGACACCUAAUCUGAAAAAUGUCAGUGUUUAAUAUAUCCAAAUAUUUUGGUCAAAUAUCAAAAAUCUGCUAGUCACCUGCUUUGGUUUAAAUGCAGUUUGUCAUGCAUUUGUUUAAUUGCUUGCUUUUGUAAAAUUCUGAAUGCUUUUCUGAAUUGUCAUUUUCUACAGAUCAUUUUGAUUUCUUAUUCAGUUUAAUGUUCCCAGAAAACUGGAUAUUCCACUUGCACACUCUUUCAUUGAUUAUGAACAUUCAGAAUGCAAGAGUGUUUGAUGACGAGCUUAACUGGUUAAGCUUCCCAAAUUCAACUCCCAUUAAUAUUUAAUCAAUCUUUUUCUCCUACAAAUUUCACUAGCACGAACAUCCUUCAUGCCAUCAAUAUUUUUCUUUUAAGAGGUCUUCUGAGAGAUCUUAUCCUCAUUCCUCUUGAUCAUCUCUCCUCUUGAGGAUAUUGAAACCCCUGUAAGGAUACAGUUCACGUUCUCUCAAGUGCCUUGUCUGUUUAAGUUUUGAUUGAAUGCUAAAGCAUGAUCACGAUCAAGAUGUGGGUUGUGCAAAGCAAUAUGAAUCUAUUCCUUAACACCAAAGUCACUGAAGAUAAUCAGAUGAUACUUACCCCUUCUCCCCAAUCCCAGGAUGAUUUAAGUCAGUUGUCAUUGUAUUUAAACACACAUGAAAAUUGGGUUAUUCUGACCCGUGUUACUGUUAUUGAGUUUAGUGGCAUACUCAUGACUGUAGGUCCUUUGUAUUUGUGACCAACCAACCAUCCUAUUGGUCUGUAAAUCCAAAAUGAAUGGUAUCUUACAGAUCAAUUAAUUAAUGAUGAACCUGCUUGUGUCAAUAGGGACACUUGUUUAAGUGGUUUCUGAAAAUAUGGGAUAUAUGAAAUCAUUUUAUUACUUCCUAACAAGUUGUUGAUAUCCUCAGUACUUUUAUAUAUGGAGAUAAGAGCAGGAAAGCCAUUUGGUCCUCAAAGUUAGUGCUGCAACUUAAUAUAAUCAUGGCUGAUCUUUUUGUCACUGUUCCUUGUUCCUGCUUUCUCCCCUUUCCCUUUGGACUCAAGAACCACUUCUAACCCUUUGAAAACAUUCAACAUUUUGGCCUCAGCCGCUUUGUGUCUGAUAAAUCUAUAGGCUUACCAUUCUAGAUAAAGAAACUUCUCAUCUCAGUCCGAAAUGGUCCCUAGAUUAUGACCUUUGGUUUUGGACUCUGAUCGUUGGGAAGAUCCUUGCUGUGUUUAUCCUGUCCAGACCUGUUAGUAUUUCAUUGGUUUUCAUGAGAUGGUCCCUCAUUCUUCUAAACUCCAAUAAAUCUAGUCCUAAUUGAUUCAGUCUCUCUCCAUACAUCAAUCCUGCCAUCCCGGGAAUCAAGCCUAAUAAGGCCAUAAAAUGUAGUAGCAGAUAUAGGCCAUUAAGCUCACCGGGUCUUCUGUGCUAUUCGGUCAUGGCUGAUACGUUUUCCAGCCCAUUCUUUUGCCUUCUCCCUGUAGCCCUGAUACCCCUUAGUAAUGAAGAAUCCAUCCAUCUCUGCCUUAAAGGCACUCUAUGUUUUGGCCACUACAGCCUUCUAUGGUAAUGAUUCCACAGAUUCACCACACUCAUGACAUUCAUCCUCAUCUCAGUUUCCUUUUAAAAGCUAUUUCCCAUAAUUACUUGUAGGACCAAGUUUCACUUUCUAACUAUUGAGUAAAGAAAUGUCGUCUUAUUACAGUUACAGUUUUGUAAUUAUGCCUUAGCUUUGGAUUCUCCCACAAAUGGAAAUAUUCCCUCCAGUCUACCUUGUCUAAUCCAGUCGAAAUUUUAAAGAUGUCUGCCAAAUCACCUCAGUGUGUUCUAAAGCCCUAACCUGUUCAAUUUUUCUCCAGUGCUGCCAUUGCAUUCUGGUGCCAACCUUAUCAUUCGCUUUUGCACUUUCUCUGGCACUCUAGUCAUAUGGAGAUCAGAAUUCUGCAUUGUACUUCAACAAGGGCCUUACUUGGGUUCUAUACACGUUUUAGCAUAUCUAAAUUAAAAUUCAAAACAGCUGAAACCAGAAGUGCUAGAGUAAUCUUUUCCUCUUACUUUACCCAUCUUGCUUUUAAGAAUUCAUUCAUCAACACCCCUAGAUUCCUUCAUUGUUCAACCCCAUGCACUUCAAGGUGUGGUAGUUAAUUCUACUUUUACCAGCGUGCAUCUUGUAUUUAUCAUUGUUAAUGUUCAUUUGCCACUUAACUGUCCAUUCAUAAAUCUUCUGAUAUCUUGGAUUAUAUAUGGAGAAAGAAAGUAAUACCAGUUUGAUACAAUCUGUUAGUUUUGAUAUUUUAAUGCCAAUGUAUUAAUAUAAAAUGUGAAUUACAGUGGCUGCAGCACUGGUCUUUGGCAUACUGCUUUCUACAUAGCUCCAAUGUAAUUAUUUUAUAACCCUGUCCGUUAUUUUUUUUCUUUUCUUAGCCAUUUUUCUAGCUAAAUUUCUAUCAAUUCAGCAAUUUGUCACAUGUAGGUGAGCUCAGAUUUCUGCGUGCAUUUUUUAAAAUUCAUCCACAGGAUGAGGGCAUUGCUAGGCCAGCAUCCAUUGCUUGUCCCUAAUUGCCCUGAGGGCAGUUAAGAGUCAACCAUGUUGCAGUAGGUUUGGAGUCACAUGUAGGCCAGACCAGGUAAGGAUGGCAGUUUCCUUUCCUAAAUGACAUUAGUGAACCAGAUGCUUUUUCCCAACAUUUGACAAUGGACUCAUGGUCACCAUUAGACUCAAUUCCAGAUUCUCUUUCUUUAAUUGAGUUCAGUGACUGGAUUCAAACCCAGGUCCCCAGAAUGUUAAAUUAACAGUCCAGUGAUAAUAUCACUACGCCAUUGCCACUCAGAUAUAUGUACUUUGUAAAUCAUAAAGGUGAGGAAGAUAAAAGUUAAGGUGGCUAAUAAAGCAAAUGGAUUAUUUGGAUUUAUGGCUACAAGAAUAAAAUAUGAAAGCCAAGGGAAAAGAUUUAUAAAUCGCUGAUGCAUUCUUAUUUGGAAUACUGUGGACAAUUAUGGGCAUCAGGAUUCAGGAAACGUUUAUAGGCCAAAGACGAAGAACUUCAGUUAUGAUGAAAAAAUGGACAAGUUAGGAUUGUUCUCUUCAGAACAUAAAAGUUUUAGGAUGACCUAAUAAAAGUUCUUGAGUGUGCAUUUUGGUAAAAUUGAUAGAGAAAGAAUUACUCCUCCUGAGAGUUUUUAUAUUGUAGCGUGACAGAAAUGAGUUUUCUCUAGAGUUGUUAGGAUCAAGAAUUUCUUCCUGAAAAAGAUUGCUUGCAAAGACAGCAGAGUUUGAGAAUUGGAAUGGUGAGGCCAUCAAGAUAAUGUGAAUAAACCCAUUAUGGGUGUGAUUUGUUACCUUUAUUCUGAUUAGAUGGUUACAAAACUUUAAAGCUAGAAUUUCCCCACUAGUAAAUGCCACGUUAACUGUCAUAUCUCCCCAAUGUCAAACAUUGGAUGUUUUAGUAACAAUACUCAGUAUUUCAACCCAUAUAGGUUCAUAAUUUUAGCUUAUUGUAAUUUGUUAAAAUUGCAUCAUAUAGAUGAUUGUAGUAUAUAUGAUGUAAGAUUAUGUACCAUAACCGGGAAAGCAAAAUACUGUGGGUGCUGGAAAUCCAAAAUAAAAAUAACAUAUUGAAAAUACACAUGUGGUUUGGCAGCAUCUGUGAAAUGAGGUGGUGUUAACAUUUAAAAUCAGUGACUUUAUUUUUGGUUUUUACCAAGCAUAGGUUGUUAUGUGAAAACUAAUAAUGGCAAAUUUAAAUUCUAAAGAGCUUCAUGUGUAAUUUAACAGACACUAUCACCUUAAUUUCAUCAACUAUCAUUAUUGGAACAGAGUUUCAGGAAAAUAUAUAUUUACUCAAAUGAUGAAAAUAGACUCAAAGUGAAGAAAGGUUGACUUUAUCUUUCUUGUAUCAUUGUUUAAUUUUCUUGUGCUUAUGAAAGAAGUGUUAAUUUUUCUAGGGCAAGAAAAUAACAAUCAUUUUACUUGACAUGGAAUUUGUGCUGUGCUUUUUAUGAACUGAUUUUCUCUUUUUGGGCCACUUGGGUACAUCUUUAAACUGUGAAAGCUUCUGAAGAAAAUCUGCUAUCUUGUUUUAUCUUGGUGCUACUUUCAGUGUACUUAAUACUUUUACCAAAAGAAAUUCCUAAAGUGAAAUAUUUGAUGAAUAUGUGUGUGCACUGCAAAAUGUUUUUAUAUAUUUUAGCAAGUAUCUUAUUUUAAAUGUCAUUUUCUAAGAUGUUUGAUUCUGUAAAUAAUAUCUGAUGAAAUAAAACAAGCCUGAAACCUU